AUGUCCCAUUCUUUAAAUCCCUCUUCAUCUGACUGGGAAGCUUUCAACAUCCCUCCUAUCAUCUAUCUAUCUAUCUAUCUAUCUAUCUAUCUAUCUAUCUAUCUAUCUAUCUAUCUAUCUAUCUCUCUCUCUCUAUAUAUAUAUAUAUAUAUAUAUAUAUAUAUAUAUUUCUCAGCGUCUCCCUUCGUAUCUUUUUGUCUGUGUGUGCGGCUCCAUCACCGUACCCCGUCUUUGCUAGUGUCCCCUACCUCUGUAGUCGGACCUAAGUCGUCGUGUUCCUGUAGGAGCGCCCAUUUACCCUUGGCAGAUUUAGAAAGAAUAACGGGACCCCCCUUUGAUUUGGCCCAGGCAUGCGUCGAGUCGCAGCGACUGAGUCUUCUUCCGAUUUGUGAUACAAUCUUUGCUGUACAGCAAGAAGGAGCUCAGCAAAGUGCAGAUGAUGGAAUGAGAAGUAAACGUUUCAUACGCUUUGGAAGAGCCCUGUCAGGAGAUGCUUUCUUGCGUUUUGGGAAAAAUGUACCAGACCUUCCUUUCGAAGAUAAAAGAUUCCUUCGAUUUGGACGAGCAGCUCCUCAGUUGGAUGACUUGCUCAAACAAGCCCUGCAGAGAGUUGAAAGCUUGCAAAAGGCCGACGACACCAGUGUUCGACGAAAGCGAUCCACAGACGCCGCUCCCCAAAGCAACACAGAUAGUGCUGAACAGAAAAACGAUAGCGCAAAAAUCACAAAAAGAUACGUCGAUGACGUCGAAGAUUCUGAUGUGAAGAGAUUCAUGCGCUUUGGAAAGAGAUUUAUGCGUUUUGGUCGUAACCCGAGCGAUGUUGGCAACAAACUGAACGAAAAGCGAUUCAUGAGAUUUGGACGCGAUCCCGAAAAAAGGUUCAUGCGUUUUGGCAAAUCAGAUGACAAGAGAUUCAUGAGAUUCGGUCGAAACCUCGGCGAUGCUGAAGAUGAACUGGAAGAAGAUAAACGUUUUAUGAGAUUCGGACGUGGAGACGAAGAGGAUGAGGAGGAAGCCGAAAAACGAUUUAUGAGAUUUGGACGUGACCCUGAAAAGAAAUUCAUGAGAUUUGGGAAGAACGGCGAAGAAAAGAGGUUCAUGCGCUUUGGUCGAAACCCUGAGGACCAAGAAGCUGACAAGAGAUUCAUGAGAUUUGGACGCGGCGGUGAAGACGAUGACGUGAACUCAGAGGAAAAACGUUUUAUGAGAUUUGGUCGAUCUGCAGAAAAAUGCAAAGGAUGUCUGGAAGGUUAA